UGUUCAGGACCAACUGCAUUUACGUUUUUCUAUCUUUCUUGUUUGUAUUGCGUUCCUUGCCAUCUUGCAUUCUCUCAUUAAGGACAAUUCUGUUCCUGUAAUCGAGAGUUCAAACGGCUGGGCACGUCACGAAGAGAAAAAUUUUCCUCAGAAAUUCAAAACAAUCACUUGUCAUAAAAACAACACCAUAGUCUGCCUUCUACGUACACUUCGGCAUUGAUCUCCUUCAUAUCGAUCGAUUUUGUUUGCUGUCAAAAUGGCGGAACAACUCAACAUGAAUGGCUUAAGCCUGAACGACCAGGCGCCGCCUCAACCUCCUGCCGGCGGUCGAUCCUAUAUCCCACCCCACAUGCGAGGCAAGAUGGGCGGUGGUGGUAAUGCUCCCAUGGGCCCUGGGCCUUCGCCUGCUGGAAUGAAUGGACUCAACAACAGUGCUUGGGCUGGCAAUAAUUCCUACGAUGCUCGUCCGGGUGCUGAGGGAUGGGGGCCGGCUCCUGGGCAAACUCCAGACUUUCCCCCUCAACAUCAACCACAACGUCAACAUGGCGGUGGCGGCUGGGGAAACAACCGUGGCUUUGACCGCAAUGGGUACGGCAAUCCCGCUUCAGGCGGUGGCCAUGCUAGAGGCUCCGGCGACGGCCAGUGGCGGGAUGGUAAACAUAUUCCUGGGCCACCAAACCCUCGCGUUGAACGUGAACUUUUCGGUACCCCCGAUGACCCGUCCAAACAGCACACUGGCAUCAACUUCGAGAAAUACGACGACAUUCCCGUCGAGGCUUCUGGUCAUGAUGUACCUGAGCCCGUGCUUACCUUCAGUACCCCCCCUCUGGAAGAGCAUCUCAUUCGCAACAUCGAACUUGCGCGUUACAAAGUCCCCACCCCUGUCCAAAAGUACUCUAUUCCUAUCGUUAUGGGUGGUCGGGAUCUUAUGGCCUGUGCCCAGACUGGUUCUGGAAAGACUGGUGGUUUCUUGUUCCCUAUUCUUUCUCAGGCCUUUUUAACUGGUCCAUCUCCUGUACCUGCCAAUACAUCUGGUGGCUAUGGUCGUCAGCGAAAGGCUUACCCCACCUCGCUGAUUCUUGCCCCAACUCGUGAGCUUGUUUCCCAGAUCUACGAUGAAGCUCGCAAGUUCGCAUAUCGCUCUUGGGUUCGACCUUGCGUUGUGUAUGGUGGUGCUGAUAUCGGCUCUCAACUACGUCAAAUUGAGAGAGGCUGCGACCUUUUGGUUGCCACGCCUGGACGUCUUGUGGACCUCAUAGAACGAGGACGCAUCUCUCUCCAGAACAUCAAAUAUCUUGUUCUCGAUGAAGCUGAUCGUAUGCUUGAUAUGGGUUUCGAGCCUCAGAUUCGCCGCAUUGUGGAAGGUGAGGAUAUGCCCGCAGUCCACAACCGCCAGACACUCAUGUUCUCGGCCACCUUCCCACGGGACAUUCAAAUGCUAGCUCGUGACUUCUUGAAGGACUAUGUCUUCCUUUCCGUUGGUCGCGUUGGUUCUACAUCAGAGAACAUUACUCAGAAGGUUGAAUAUGUUGAGGAUGUUGACAAGCGCUCCGUUUUGUUGGACAUCUUACACACUCAUGGCGGUGGCCUCACCCUUAUCUUCGUGGAGACGAAGCGUAUGGCUGAUUCACUGUCUGAUUUCUUGAUCAACCAGAACUUCCCAGCAACGUCAAUUCACGGCGAUCGUACUCAGCGUGAGCGUGAACGUGCCUUGGAGAUGUUCCGCAACGGACGUUGCCCUAUUCUUGUCGCUACAGCUGUUGCCGCCCGUGGACUUGAUAUCCCCAACGUUACUCAUGUUAUCAACUAUGAUCUCCCUACUGAUAUUGACGACUAUGUCCACCGAAUUGGUCGAACUGGCCGUGCUGGCAAUACUGGACAUUCAACUGCUUUCUUCAACCGCGGUAACCGUGGUGUGGUUCGCGAGCUUCUUGAGUUGCUAAAAGAAGCCAACCAGGAAGUCCCUGCAUUCUUAGAGACCAUUGCUCGGGAAAGCUCCUACGGUGGUGGUGGUCGCGGCGGUCGUUCUGGUGGUCGUGGCCGAGGUGCUGGUGCUAACCGCGAUUUCCGAAAGUACGGUGGUGGCGGCGGCGGCCCUGGUUUCGGUGGCGGUUUUGGUGGCCCCCCACCUGCCUCCGGCGGCUACAAUGGUGGUGCCUACGGUGGCCCACCAAACUCUGGAUACAACGGUGGAGGCGGUUAUGGAUCUGGUGGCCCUGGCUACGGUGGUGGCAGCUAUGGUAACCCAGGUGGUCCUGGCGGUCAGGCUUCUUGGUGGUAAACUACUCAUGUGACGAUUUACCAUGAGUGGCGCGCAACAACCCCCAGCCUAUUUGCUUCGCGAUUAAGCAUGAGCUUUUCUUUGGGUGGGGGGAGUACAAGCACAUAGAUUUUUCCUUUGCAUUUCCUUAUUCAUACAUUUGCGUGGUUUUACACAUGGUUUUGGAACGUCGCCAAUGUUUCCGACCUAGUUUCAUCUACGGCACACGCUACUUGCGACCAACCCAUCCGGAUCGGCAGGUUCGAGUCU